AAUAGUGCUACUUUCAUCUUAAAGGAGGAUUUGAACUAGUCUUAUCAAAAGUUUUUCAUAUUUGUAAUGAACUGUUUGAUUAUCUAUCUCUGAGGCUUGCCAGCCGUCCAAAAAUGGUCAAAGAAUUUGCAGAAGCUGUUUUUGGUGUUGAAACUGAAGAACUUGUGAGGAAAAUGAUUCCUUUGUUUUUCCAAAGCUUGUGGUGUCUCAGCAGGAUAAUGAUCAAGCAAUUGAAACCUUGCAUGAAUUGGCCAAGUAGUUAAAUACUGAUAUGGUGCCCUUGAUUGUUAAUUGGCUACCAAAAAUGCUUGCUUUUGCUCUCCAUCAAGCUGUUGGCCAGGGGUUACUUUCAGCUUUGCAAUUUUACCUUGCUCAUACUGGUUCUGACAAGCAAGAAAUUCUUGCAGCUGCAUUACCUGCACUCUUGGAUGAACUUGUUUGCCUCUGGAUGGGGGUGAUUCAGAUGAGAUAAGGAAAAGAUGAGCAAGAGUACCUCAGAUGAUUAAAGAGGUUGCCAGAGUUCUAACUGAUGGUGAAGAUCUACCAGGAUUUUUGAGAAAUCAUUUUGUUGGCCUCCUUAACGGUAUUGAUAGAAAAAUGCUCCAUGCUGAAGAUACUUCGCUGCAGCAACAAGCUUUAAAGCUUAUUGAGAUCCUUAUUAAAAUGAUGGGUUCUCACCUUAGUACUUAUGUGCCAAAACUAACGGUUCUUCUUAUGCAUGCUACUGAUAAAGAACCACAGCAAAGUGAAGGUCUCUCCAUCUUGCAUUUCUUCAUUGAGCAGCUAGCAAAAGUAUCACCAUCUAGCACGAAACAUGUAAUUUCUCAAGUUUUAGCUGCUCUUAUUCCUUUCUUAGAGAGAGAGAAAGAACAUCCUUCAAAUAAUUUGGAUAAAGUGGUGAAAAUUUUGAAAGAACUUGUUUUAAAAAACAAGGUUGUCCUAAAGGUGCAUAUUCGUGAGUUCCCUCCAUUGCCCAGUAUUCCAGCUCUGACAGAAGUUAACAAAGCUAUACAAGAAGCACGUGUCCCCUCAGUUGGAUGGCCCAAAGGAAAGACAAUUGUUUGGACUUUUCAGGGUGGUGGUGUGGGAAUUUUUGAUGUUGUUGGCAGACAUUUUCUUCAUAGGAAGCAUCAGGAUGCAGAGGGAGAGUCUAUUGAGUUUUAAUGGCGCUUGCAUCAUAGUCUCAGAAGUCCUGUGGACUAACUGUUUGGAAUUUUCUUGACAGCUGGGGUUUUUGUGUCUCAUGUCCUUGUUUUGACAUGUUUAGCUUUAUCAAUGGUCAAUAACUUUAGCCUUUGUCUUUGAUUAGCUCAUCAUUUCAUGACUUCGUACAACCGUGAAGAUCAAUGAAUUUAAUUAAUAUUCAGGCUGAACAAUGUAUACCUGUGUACUGGAGAGUUUUUACAAGGUCAAUCACUUGCCAAGUUGGUGGUAAUUGGUAAAUUGGUCUUGUUUUAUCAUUUGAAUAAAAUGUAAAAUAUUGAUUGGGGAGAUCAAUAUAACAUUGUCAUGAAAAUGCCACAUGGACCUGAAUGACAUUAUACUUGUAUGAUGGGGGCCUUUCAACA